AUUCCGGAGUUGUUGUUUUUUUAUAUAUAUAUCCGAGUCCGCGUUCUCUUGUGUCUUUUUCCUGAGAAAAUCUUCGAAUCCAGGAGUUGUUUUUUUAUCCGUAAAUCCAGAGCCAGUAUCAUUUUGCUUUGUUUGGCACUGUUGCCAGGCAACUGCUUUGAACUUCAGCAGUUAGCCAGUUAGCUUGACUUGCUAGCAGGUAUCGACACUUGUAACUUGUUUAUUGCAAGGAAUCUGUACCUCUCUCUUAUCCAAGUUAAAGUUGGGGGAUUUAGCAAGCAGUGCUCAUCUCGUGUUCAUGAAAUGUAGUCAGGGAAGCACCAAAAUAGUUAACAUUUGCAGUAUCUUCAACAGAGCUCCUGCCUUACACGUCCUUCCCAGUCGAGGAAAAAAAAAGAAGCAGUUGCUGGUCUGCAAAAGUGCAUUUGAACAGGAAACACAAGAACGACGGUUACCAUAACAACAGCACACAAACUGGAAUUGUUACAGCUUUUGUUAUCCUUCUGGCAUUGGAAUACUUUGUUCCGCACCAUUAUAAGAGAUGUCCUCAGACAGUCUUGUGUCAAAACAGGAUGGUGUUGCCAAAUCCCAGAAAGCAGGCACAAGGAGGAGGAAAUCACCAGACAGCAAAAGCAUUCUUCUGCAAAGUUUAAAUGAGAAAGCUGACCGACAAAAGGAGAUGCGCAAUUUCCUGCCUCUCCCGAUUCACGAAAAGAUGAGCUACAGCGCCCGAAUGAUGGCAGAGCAGAGGAAAGAGCUUGCCAAGCAGCUGACGGAGGAGGAUGAGAGUGUUAAGAUGCUAAAACAAGCCAAGCGUAAGCCAACCCUCCCGAUACAAACACCUGCAAGGCGUGAGCUGAAGACGGCCUUGUUGAAACAAACAAACAUUGUGAGAGAAUGCAAACUCGACUUCAUCACCAUGGAGCGUCAGAAGGCUGUGUUGGAGAUAUCACUGAUGACAAAGAGGUCAGAGAUUCAUAAAAUGGACAAGGCCAUUGCAAAGGAGGAGAGACAGCUGAAGGAGCUGGAGAAGCUCAUCGAGAAGGACAAUCAAAGCUUUGAACAGUUCCUGAGGGACAAUGAGAAGAAGUCAACAGAGGCCCGAACAUUUUUUGAACGAGAAGCCAAGUCCAAACAGGAGAGAAACACUGAGAUUAAGAAGUUGACUUCUGAAAUAUCAGUAAUAAGAAGUGACGUUUCCAGCUAUGAAGAAACACUACAAGAGUACAAGAGGUACAAGGAGCUUCUCUUUAAGUUGUCUCCACCAGAGUGGCAGGAGGCCCAGAGAGCAAAGCUUAUGAAGAAAGCUCCAUUGAAUGAAAGCACUGAGGAUGAGCUGAACAAGAAACCAAUAGAGUCAACAUCAGUCAAGCAAGAGAAGACUGUGGAGAACGACAGUGCCCGUGGUAGGCCCAGACUGCCAUCUGCAGAGAGCGCCAGUCUUUCAAAGCGGUCUGACCCGGAUACUGACAGUUCAGAAUACGAGGACGAUCCGGAGUUGUACUUCACCGACCCCAAACAGCUGAUUGAGCUGAUGACGGAGCUAACAGAGCAGAACUUAUCUUUGAUGAAGAACUCUACAAGAGCUGAGGAGACACUGGAGGAGCUUAAACAAUCUAUGGAGGCAAUCAAGAAGACAACUGAAAAGGAUAAGGAGCUCCUGACACAGCAAAUCCAUGAGAUGAACAAGAGGAUCGAGGAUGAGAAGGCGAGAGCUGCAAAGCUGAAACAGAAGGUUCAGCUCCAUGUUUUGUUGAACACGGAGGAUGAGGAUGACAUGCUGAAUUCUCUCGGUGAGAAGGUGGCAGAGGUGUACAGGUUCUGUGUGGACGACAGGGUGAGCAGCCACAGCACUUUGGAGAAGCUGGCCAGCAUUGAGAAGCAGAUGUCUUCACUACUGCACUGCUUGGAGGAAAUACCAGAGGAAAGCUUGGAAAUGAUGCAGAAGAUCAAGGACAGCGAGAGGAGGACCAGGCAACGUGAAGAAAAGCUGAGGUUGCAAAGAGAGAAACAGAUAGAACGGAUGAAGAGAUACUUAGAGAGGUCUCUGGCUGAUGCCAAGAAAAGUAGUGGACGUAAACUAAUGCCAAGAUGCAUCCCGACUGCCCAGAAGGUCAAAGUCAAAAAAGUGGAAAGUGCUCCUGCUGACGACAACUUCAAUGACUACUUCUUCACGUCUUUGGACAUAGAGUAAAAAAAGAAAAUGUAAUUAUAUAAGAAUUCCAUUUCUCUCCGAAUGCAUUGAUUCUGUCCCACAUACACUUUUGUAUAGCUCACUAAUGUCAUUAAUUUGUUUUUUAUUCCCUGUGUCUUUUAGAAUGUUGAAAAUUAUUACCUAUUUUUUAUUUUUCUGCCUGUAUAGACAUGGUCCAUCAUGGCAUGACCGGGAAAACAAAUACAUUAUUUUAAAAAAUAUACAGCUUUACCUUGUAGCAAAUAUUUGUCAGAUAGCUUUUGUGAAUAUACAGCAUUAUUGAAUAUUAGGACUAUUCCUUAUAGAUUAAGGAAUAAUCGUUUUCAUUUUUACUAUACAAAUGUGUGAGAGUUAGCACAGUGAUGCAGUGCAAGCCUACAGA